AUCUAUAGAAUGCGCCAGCUUUAGGUGGUAGCUCAUUGCGGAUGUCAAAUGCGAACUCCAGCGAUUUAAUCUAUAUCAUUAUUUUUGCUAGUAUUUUUCCGUCUAGGGUAGAGCUUAAAAUUUCAUGGAAGUGCUGGGGAUAAGAUAAUCGUUGUGUGCUUCGGAUGAUUCAAAUCGAUUUGCUAACAGAGCUCACUAACUUCCUCUUCGCUGCUUCGAGAGGGCCUUAUCAAUACCGAAGGAACUGGCCUAACUCUCUUGCUAGCGUGGAGUUGGCUUAAAUUUCAACGACAUUUGAAGUCAUGCCAAGGCAUGGAUACGGAAAUAACCGAUGAAAAGCCCGUUGCAGGACAAAAACAAGAAGUUACUGAAAAUGAAGUUCACAUAACAACUGAGGAAUCAAAGAAGUCUAAUGGUUCAGUUUCUAACGAUAAACAAACCCAUCAUAAUCGUGGCGCUGGAAGAAGCACUUUGUCAAUAAUAAAUCGUCGUCUUAGACUCAUUUUUCGUCCUUGGAAGUGGAGAAGAAAAGCUAAAAGUAAAAGGUCACACAAAAAGGAUCAGAAAGAUGGAGCAGUAUGCAGCAGUUCACAAGAAGACUUGACUGAAAAACCCGAUGAGGUUAAGGAGAGACAACUAGCUAUUGUGCCUUAUGUAAAAAGCCCAUUGAGUGUCGACCACAUAGAUGGGGCCAGAUCAAAUGAAGAUCAUGGGUCUCAUGAAAAUGGAAAUGUUAACAUUGGUGGUGUCCAGAUAACUAUUGAUUCACAUUGCCAUGAUUCUGAUGAGGAAGAAAAACAUAUUGAUGUCCUUCCAUGCUCACCAGAUGCAGAGGAAACUAACAUCACAUCAGUUGGCAGUGAUUUGACAGUGAAGAUUCCACCAAAAGAAAACUCGUCACUGGGUGGUCCACCUGCUGUGGAAACUGUCACAUUUGAACCAUCAGCUAGUCCUAAAGACUUUAAACCGAAGCCUGUUGAUAAAGGGCAAAAUUUCGUCGUUAAACCAGAUGAUGAAACUGACAGUGACGCCAGCGACAAAAACUCAGAAGAUGAGGAUCCACCCCCCGUCCCACCGCGAACAUCGAGCAUUUCAGCCUCACAACGAGUCACUGCCAAUGUAUCAGACGAUAAGCAGAAUCGAGGUAGCUAUUAUGAUAAUUGCCCUGAACAGCACAACGAACCUCACGACAUGUCAUUCUAUAGCAGUAGCUCUGAAGGUAGUGACGAGGAGGAAGAGACUGACAACCACGUCGUCACAGGUUUGGCUUCAAAAGUAAAGCGAUCGGACAGCCUCGCCUUGAAGCUGAGAGCGCGCCCAUCACUUGAUGAGCUUAUUAAUAAGCAUAUUAUCGAGACUCAAACACCAGAAGAAAGACAGGAAUUCCGACACAAAGUAGAGUCAAAGAUAUUAAGGCGUUUAAGCCAACGGCCGACCAAAGAGGAGUUAGAGCAAAGAAAUAUAUUGAAAGCGCACUCAAAGAAAGAAGAAGAUGAGUCUAUGAAAGAAAUAAAACGAACUUUAUCGAGAAAACUAAGCAGACGUCCUACGGUAAAAGAGUUACGAGAAAGGAAAAUUCUGAGAUUUAAAGAUUACGUUGAAGUUAACGAAACGCAAGAUUAUGACAGACGAGCCGACAAGCCCUGGACAAGGCUCACCCCCAAAGACAAGGCUGCGAUUAGAAAGGAGCUGAACGAAUACAAGGAAUUCGAAAUGGAAGUUCACGAGGAAAGUAAACAAUAUACCCGGUUCCACCGACCGUGAGAUAAAAGGCACGAGGACUAACAAAAUUUCAAUAUAUUUCAAAUGUACCUAUUUUCAUACCGACACCGCUUCGAUAUCAUCAGAACACAGUGUAUGUUUAGCGAAAGCGCAAAGUAAAGUAGGCCCAUAUGGAUUCGUUGAAAUAGCAACGUUCCCACAGCAUUACCACGCCCUGUGAACGAUUAUUCUAAUUCCACAUCAAUAGUGACGUCAUCUCUUAAUCAGCGAUAAUGAUUCUCGCAAGCAGUCGUAACUUUUGGUGCUGUAUUGAUACUUACGAUGCACGUGCGCAUCACGUGAACUUAGUCCUAGAAUCGGCUAUGGCAAGAGCACUCUGUCCUCAAGAUUUCAUUUUGUAAUGAUUAUGAUUUUCUCAUUGCCAACUAGGUUAAAUUUUACUUUCAUUUCCUUAUACUUUUCGGGUGCUUUAUCUCGUUGCCUUGCCAGAAGGUGCUUUAUUGCACCUUCUGGAUUGACUUAAAAUACGACAUCAUCUAUAUCGUCGAAACUGCACUGUUAAUCUCACGUGAUCAAAAUAAUUAAUUUCACUAUGCUUAGUAAUUAAUUUUGGACUGAAUUGUUUUUUCAACAUUAAUUUUUUUUAAUCAUCCAGUUUUUCAUCAUUUAUUCUGAUUUUUCAGAACAGCAACUCGUAUUUAAUCCGAAAUAGGCAGGAGAAGUUUCAGAAAGUGUGUUCCCCUCCUCAAACUCAUCUACCUUCUUUAGGUAAGUCGGUAUGCAUCUUAUUUCAUUCGCCAUCUCUCCACCUAGUUCAUAAUCGGUUACUUUUAGUAUAACUUUAAGUAUAGCUUUCGUUUGAAAGCCUAUUACCGCCAAAGUUGUGCAAAGGAAUGACCCCCUUCCCUUCUCAAACCCCCCCCCCCCCCCCCCCCCCAUCAACCUCCACAAGUCGUAAAUUGUAUCACUUCCAACAUCCGUUUUGAUUUCAAGAAUAUUUUUUCCUAGAAUUUUUCACACGAAUAAGCCUUUUAUUUAUUUUGAACACGAUUGUAUAUUGCCUACGUCAGCAUGCAUGGUAAGGCUACCGUUGUUGCAUUCCCAUCGGCCGGGCUAUUUUGGGGGGUUUUUGACGAAAAAGGCACCCCCUUUCCUGCUCUCUUUGAUCCCUCUCCAACCAGUAAGACCGCUUCCCCCUUGUUGUGAUCGAGAUAUAGCUCACUGAGCCAUUUAGUGUUUCUAGCAUUGCAUUACCCCCCGGUGCUAGAGCCUCAAUGAAAGAGUGGGUCGGUGAAAGAGUUUAUAGUAAGAAACCACUGCUCGAUCAUCUCUUUCAUUGAGGCUCUGGUACCCAGAGUAGCAUUGCAUCAAUAAGAUGUUACAAAUUAAUAUUCGCAUCUACUUUAACUGAUAAUAAUGUCCUUUAACUUGUUUGAACGAAUGUACCUUGUAGCCUAGUGUAGUACUAACGGAAACGUUUUCGGCUCUUCGCAAAGUCAACCACUCGAAUCACCUUUAUCGACAAGAAGAAUUCCUUUGCUCUGCCAUUUAUAUUUUGCAGAUUUGCGCAGCUGUAAACGCAAACGAUCCCAAUAGCUUACGCCCAACAUACCCUUUGCUUAUUUUAUCGAGUGUUGUAUAUUUUUGUUUUGUGGCUGUCUUGUUACCGCCAACUUAUUGUGGUAUGUAGCUGCCUUUCUUUGAUCGAGGGCAACUCAAGGCUGAUCCCAUUUAGAAAAGAAAUGUACUCAUCGUUCCUCGGGCCGAUCAACCAAAACUUGAUGAGAUACUCUAACUGCUUUCUUUCCACAGCCCUUCUUCGCGGUCGUUAGUCGCGCGACCGCCGCUUACUGGCAACUCUGUAGAUCCCCAACCCUACCGCGUUUGGCACGGAGGAAAUGAUUGGUGAAGAGGAUAAAAGGGGGUAACUGGCAGCUCCUCACAUCAUGAUGGAUUUCUAAUACCCCUUUUUGUCGAUGUCGUAAAAUUCACGGUGAAUCUCAUAUGAUUUCUGAUAUUUUCAGCUGCGAUUACUGAAAAAGUGUAAAGUAUCACUUAGGUCUAGUUGGUCGUCCAUUGUAAAAGAGAAACCUUUCGACUGCCAAGUAUUCCCAACCUUUUGCUUGAGUGUGGCAACUGGUAUUAAAAAGACUUGUAUUUUUUUCACUCAACUUAUAUCGAGUUCUGUAGGUCACUUAACAGUUGUUAAAAAUCCUCAUUUGUACAAUGAACGUUUUAUUUAAUUAGAUUUUACUGUUCUUAUAUUAUGGAAGAUUUUUAAUAUCAUCAUGUGUCAGAGGCUAGAUCAUAAUGUGGCAAUCUUGUUAUUGAA